AUGAUCCCAAUAUCAAGUCUUUUCUUAGCCACUCUGCUCCUCUCUGCUUCACUUGUUAUCUCAGCCCGACCCGAAUCCAGUUUCUCAGCUGAACUCAAGCACUCAAAUGACAAACCCACCAACCAGAACAACAAAAACAACAAAGGUGGUGGUAAUGGUGGCAUGGGCGGGUUCUUUGGACCCGGCUUCGACAUACCCGGGUUUGGAAAGGGCUUUGGCAGCGGUGUGGGUGGCGGGUAUGGAGGCGGGUAUGGGGGUCCGAAUGGAGGGUACUCCAGGGGUGGUACUGUGAGGACUUCUCUGGUGUGUAAAGAAAAGGGUCCAUGCUACAAGAAGAAGCUGACGUGCCCUGCUAAGUGCUUCACCUCCUACAGCCGAUCAGGAAAGGGGUACGGUGGCGGCGGCGGCGGCGGGGGGUGCACCAUUGAUUGCAAGAAGAAGUGUAGUGCUUAUUGCUAG